CAUAAUGGAGUCACGAUGACCAUCAAAAGUGGGGGAAUAAGGUAUAAAAAGGAGUGGCAGGAGCGAUCACGAUAGUAGGCAAGUUCAGUACAGUUUCCGACGCGAUGGAAUAUCUGUUCGUUGCGAAGUAAAAGGGUAAAUUAAUCACCUGAUCGAGAAUCGGGAAUAUAAGAAAUACACUUUGCGACGCAUUUGAAGUGUUCUGCGAAGUUAUUCGUUUUCUAAAAACGGUCUCGUAUCUACCUGGCAACAUGCAAACGACAGAUAUGAUGUGUGAAGUGGAUUCUCAUUGUCCCAACGGGCAAUUCUGCUUUUUUGAUAGAGCAGAAAGUUUUUGUAUCGACUAUAUCGUCUGCAAAGAGUAUAAUCGUAAACAAGUAGACGAGUUUACGCGGAACCCGUCUCAAUGUGGAGAAUGCUUAGAUGGAUUUAUGGAUGAAAUUCUUAGUACUGGUGACCCAGCACUUUAUUGCAAGUUGAAGGCUUCGGACCCAACGACGUAUUCAACUACGUUCAAUAAAUCUACAAUAUGGGCCGCUAUUAUGUCUUGUAUUGCUUUGGUAACAAUUUUAGUAAUCUUGUGUGUCUACAUAAUUAAACGACGAAAUUCAAGACGUUUAGGUGUCAAUGACGUAUUAAAAAAUUCUGGAAAGACUAAACGAAAUGUGCUUUUCUUCUUCCGAGGUCGUAACGCAGAAAAUUGUUACAUCCCACCCAACAUAAUCAGGAGUGGAAAAUGUCUGUGUACGCUCCCGCAGUCGGACAUUAAUACAAUCUCGAUUCAGAACUUAUUACCGGGUGAUGACAAUAACACCGAUCUUUCUGCUCAACAAAAUAACAUAUCCCCGUUUCUUCGUUCUUCUAUCAACGAAUACCAAUUUAAUACCAAUAAUCGUAAUUCGGGAGAAAUAAUCAUUCGAAUCCCGGAAUUCACUACGGGAAAUGAAAAUUUCACUAAUCCUUGACCUCAAAGGUUUUACAAAUCAUUAAGUAACCUACAGUUGCCAAUUCUUGCUAGGUCCGAUAAUAGGAAUGAUAAGAAAAAAAGUAUCGCUAUUAUAUAAGAUUUUUGAGUAAGUUAAUUAAUUAAUUAAUAUAUUGCAAUCGAUGUGACCGUAAAAAAAUAAGUAUUAAUGUUCAGCAUUACUACGCUGCAUUUAUUCAAGUGUUAUUAAGACUUUCGACACAAACACAGUAUGAUUAUUACAAUGUUAUAAUGAAAUGUAACAUAUAGUACAACAUGCAAAUUGCACAACUCAAUCAAUUAUUGUGCGCAG